AUGUGUCGUACACAAAUCAAUUGCUUAAAGGUAUUUAUUAUUAUUUUUAAUUAUAUUUUAUCGCCUGCGUCACACAGACAUGGUGUGCUCAAGGAAUGGAUCGCUAAAAUCGAUAAACUGGAGGGCGGCAUGGAUACAUUCUCACAGGGCUACAAACACUAUGGCCUACACUUUCAGCCCGAUAACUCGGUGAUUGCGCGCGAAUGGGCGCCAGGUGCGCAGCAAGUUUAUCUCACUGGCGAUUUUAACGAUUGGCAAUGGGAGGCGCAUCCUUACAAGAAGCUCGAAUUUGGCAAAUGGGAAUUGCAUUUGCCCGCCAAUGCCGAUGGCAGCGCGCCUAUCAAGCACCUUAGCGAAGUAAAGGUGAUCAUACGCAACCAGGCCGGCCAGCUGUUGGAUCGCCUCUCACCAUGGGCCACUUAUGUGCGGCAGCCACCCAAGGAGGCCAAUCAAGGCGUCAACUACAAGCAGUAUGUAUGGAAUCCACCGCCAGCAGAGCGUUACUUCUGCAAGCAGCCCCGACCUAAGCGUCCCAAAUCAUUGCGCAUCUAUGAGUGCCAUGUGGGCAUUGCUUCGCAGGAGCCGCGCGUCGGUUCAUAUCUAAAUUUCGCCGAGAACAUAAUACCGCGCAUCAAGCGUCAAGGUUACAACGCCAUACAGGUCAUGGCCAUCAUGGAGCAUGCGUACUAUGCUAGUUUUGGCUAUCAAGUGACAAGUUUCUUUGCCGCCUCCAGUCGCUUUGGCACGCCUGAGGAGCUGAAGCGCAUGAUCGAUGUAGCGCAUGAACAUGGCUUAUAUGUACUGUUGGAUGUGGUGCAUUCUCAUGCAAGCAAAAAUGUACAGGAUGGCUUGAAUCAAUUUGAUGGAACCAAUUCGUGUUACUUCCAUGAUGGCGCGCGCGGCGAGCAUGCGCUUUGGGAUAGUAGGCUCUUCAAUUACGUGGAGUAUGAGGUAUUGCGCUUUUUGUUAUCAAAUUUGCGUUGGUGGCAUGACGAGUACUUCUUUGAUGGCUAUCGUUUUGAUGGCGUCACCUCAAUGUUGUAUCAUUCGCGCGGCAUUGGUGAAGGCUUCAGCGGAGACUACAAUGAAUAUUUUGGCCUGAAUGUUGACACAGAUGCGUUGAACUACCUGGCAUUAGCGAAUUAUAUGCUGCGCACACAAAAUUCAGAGGUCAUCACCAUAGCAGAGGACGUCUCCGGCAUGCCUACACUCUGCCGACCGAUCGAGGAAGGUGGCAUCGGCUUCGAUUACCGUCUAGCCAUGGCCAUACCUGACAAGUGGAUUGAACUGCUGAAAGAGCACACCGAUGACACCUGGAAUAUCGGCAACCUUGUGCAUACGCUGACCAAUCGCCGCUGGAAGGAGAACACAGUCGCCUAUGCGGAGUCGCACGAUCAGGCGCUGGUGGGUGACAAAACGAUCGCUUUCUGGCUGAUGGACAAGGAAAUGUACACGCACAUGUCUACCUUAUCGGAGCCGUCAUUGAUCGUCGAUCGCGGUAUUGCGCUGCACAAAAUGAUACGUUUAAUAACGCACUCACUGGGCGGCGAAGCAUAUCUGAAUUUCAUGGGCAAUGAGUUUGGCCAUCCGGAGUGGCUGGAUUUCCCACGUAAGGGCAACAAUGAUUCCUAUCAUUACGCCCGUCGCCAAUGGAAUUUAGUUGAUGACCCUUUGCUGAAGUACAAAUUUUUAAAUGAAUUUGAUCGUGCGAUGAACGAGCUAGAAGAGCGUUUUGGCUGGCUGCAUUCAGACCCGGCCUAUGUGAGCUGGAAGCACGAAGGUGAUAAGGUGAUCGCAUUUGAGCGUGCUGGCUUGGUGUUCGUAUUCAACUUCCAUCCGACGCAAAGUUUCACGGGAUAUCGCGUCGGCACAAAUUGGGCGGGCACAUAUCAAGCGGUUUUGAGCUCGGAUGAUGACCUCUUUGGUGGACACAACCGCAUCGACAAGAAUUGCAAGCAUUUUACGCGACCUGAAGGCUACGCCGGACGAGAGAAUUUCUUUGAGGUUUAUACACCAUCUCGUACAGCAGUGGUCUACGCACAUGCCAGUGACUAGGUACCAGCUGUCUGACGCCUUAUGACAAGCCAUGCACCAUACUCAUAUUUUAGUAGUUGUGCUAAGUUACAAUACAAUUUGUUUUAGUGAAAAAAAUUGUACAAUAAGCGAGAAAAGUGAAUACAAAUUUUCUAUUAAAGGUAGAGAUUAUGAAAAUAUCCACAGAA